AUGCUUUUUCGACACGGCGAUAGGAGCUCUAUUUCUCCAUAUCCUUUCAAAGAUUACGACCCGUCAGUUGUAUGGCCGGAGGGUUAUGGUCAGCUGACUCAAGUUGGAAUUGAACAGCAUUUUCUUCUUGGGAAGUGGCUAAGCAAUGAAUACAACAAUUUUUUAUCACAUAGUUAUAACGUCUCAACAUUUCACAUGCGAAGUACCAAUGUUGAUCGGGCGCUAAUGUCCUCACAGGCUAUGAUGGCUGGUUUGUUCCAUAAAUCGCCCUCCUCUCUUGAAAAGUAUGGUCUUCAUUGGCGUCCCAUUCCAUCACAUACCGUUCCACAAGUGCGCCUUAGCAAUAAUGAUUGGCUAUUAGCUCUUGCCCCAUGCGACCGAUUAACGCAGAGGCGUAAUGAAUUAAUGCAGCUGAAGGAAGCUCAAGCGUUGUUCAAGGAACAUGAGAAAACCAUUUCAACGAUAUCGGACUUCUAUGGAGUCAAGAAUACUUCUUUCACUGAUAUUUGGUCGAUAUCAGAUGAUCUGUUCUGUUUAAGAUCUCACAAUGCCACUCUUCCCGCAUUCUACACUAAAGAAUUUGCCGCAGAAUUGGAUGAUUUAACGGAUAAAAUGUUUCAGAUCUACUUUGAUGAUCCAGAAAGCAUAAAACUCUCCUCAGGUGUCUUCCUCAGGAAAUCCUUCAAUCAGAUGUCACGUCUCAUUCCCAAUGGGACUCUUCACAAUUCCAAAGACGUUCCACGGAUCCUCGCCUUCUCCGCCCACGAUACUAAUGUCGCUCCGCUUUUGGGUGCAUUUGGAGCCUAUGCCAAUGAGUCCAAGCCUGCUUACGCUUCUCUGGUAAUUCUUGAACUCUACGCUCCCUCGCCAAAUGCUCCUAAUGAGGAAUUUAUUCUCAAACUGAGGUAUAAACGCGGCUGGAAGGACGAUACCUCAGAAUAUCUUCAGUUUUCCGCUUGCAAGGGUCAACGAGAGGCUAAGCAAGGUUGUCCCUUCGUCGUAGUUCGAGAAUCUGUGACUCCAUUCUUCCUGACCGAGGAGGAAGCUGUAGUUGCCUGCAAAGCGGAUUGGCUUUCUUUUCCCUACCGGACUAUUGUGGUGCUCUCACUUGGUAUCUUCACUGCCCUCCUCUUGUCCUCCCUAUUUGCCGUUGUUUUCUUCUCAAAAAGACGUCAACGAGGACGUCAGCUAGAUAGGGGCUUCACUAUAUCUGGAGAUAUGCCCUAUUCUCCUCUGGUAUCAUCUCCUCCCACGCUCUAA